AUGCUUAGCCAUGCCAGAAAAAUAAAGUAUAUCAAAAACAUACUAUACAGAGAAAAAGAAAAAAAAAAAAAAAAAGGGAGGGUCAAAUGGCACAGCCAACACAUCCCCUACACUGACAAGUACAGGGAAAAGGUAACAUUUCUGUAUAAAAAAAAAACACUAAUACAGAUAAUCGAACAUGUGCAAAAAGAAAAGGCUCUUUAUCUAUUUAAUAAGGACACAGGGACAUGUAGAACAAAGAACGAAAUCCAAUUUAUGCAAGAUGAAAGGAAACAUAACCACCUAAGGGAACCUACUGAAGCUGACUCAAAAUGGAUGAACUUCACACAACAAGAUGGAAUCUUUGGAGAGAAAAACAGGUACCAUGGAAAGGAUUACAUGAGUAGCAGUUUAUCUAAUAUAAAGAAUGGAGAAGUAUAUUCCAAAAAAAUUGUUUCUGAUACUGUAAUUGAUGAAAAGUAUCAGAGCACCGCUUUUUUACCACUGUGUAGACGACAAGAGGACAGCCAAAUAAACUUGGAUAAAAAAAAAAAAAAAAAAAAACUAAUCAUGAUAAAAAAAUAUGAAGAUAUGCAAGAAAAAAAUGAAAACAGACAAAACAAAAUCGUAAUCAAAUACCAAAUGGAAACUAUGAAACAUUUGAUUAUAAUUUUAAAAAAAUGUGAAGAAUAUAACUACGCAAAUUAUGAUUUAUAUGGAGACAUAUGCCGCAUCAUCCCAUUUCUUAGUAAAAAUGGAAAAAAUGUAAAACAUAUCGUAACCAUUUUACAUUCCCUUAUCAAAUUAAACUAUUUUAAUGAGAAAUAUUUUAUAUACCCAUUCUGGUGCAUAAUGAAUGAAGAUGUCUUUUCAAAUUCAGAAUUAAUAUCCAUUUUGCUUGUCUUGUCAAAUUUAGAAAAGUUAAAUACUCUCAAUUAUUUAUUCUUUUACAAGGUCAAUUAUAUGUUAUUACAUAGGAUAUAUUCCCUUUCUUUGCACCAGAUUUAUAAUGUUCUAAAUGCAUAUCUAAAGGUACACAAACGUUUAGCUGCAUCUGUAGAUCACGGGAGAAAAUAUAAAAACAAUUUGACAGACCAAUUAAGAGACGAUCAUGUAGCUAUUUUCCCAUUUAAUCGUAAAAUAAACUCUCAAAAUUUCAAACUUUUUUACAACUUAAGUUUUCAUGAGAAUUCAGAAAAGAGUACCCAAUCAGGCUACACACCAACUACCAUUAAUUUUGUAUUUCGCCUCAUUGAUUGUUUAAAGAAAAAAAAAAUAUCCAUAAAAAAGGCAGACAAAUUUAUAAACCCACAUGAUUGUUUCAAUGAAUUUUUUAUUCAACAUAUAAAAAAAGAAUUAGGACACUUUUUUUUGAAGAAACUUAAAAGUGAAUAUAUCUUGUUUAACAGAUUAGAAAGAAAAAAUCUUUAUAAAAUACGGGAUACCAUUUGGGGAUCUCUCAAGGGAAAUCAAACAAAAGGACAAAAUGGGUUCACUCAUUUUUACUUCCAUAGAAAAGAUAACAACUUAGAUGGGCUCAAUUUAAAUGAAGAGGUAUUGAACUCCCCUCCUGUCCCAACAAAUAAUGGAGCAAGAAGUAUCACUCCUAAAUUACUGAAAUUAAAAAAGUUUGAAUAUAUUCAAUUGAAACUGAUAAAGAAAAUGAAGAAACAAUUGGAUGCUAGACUUCUUAUCCCGUUAAUCAAGGUAUACCAAGUGGGUGCACAGCACAAUAGUAACUCCACUAGUUCUCAAAUUCAAUGGAAAAAUGCUGAAGGGGUAGAAAAAAGAGAAAAGGAUCUUCUUCUGCACAAUGCAUCACUUAAGGACUUUUUCAUAAAUAACUAUAAGCAUAUGCCUCUAAAGUUUAAUGAAAAAAGUUUAGUGAUAACUCUAAGCUGUUUUUCGAAACAAAGGAAAAUCCUAAGUGACGAGGUUUUAGGCAUGCUAAUAAAUAUGAUUGAAAAAAAAAUAAAUCGAUUUACACACGGACAAAUAGUAGACAUAAUGAACAGCAUUUCCAAUAUAAGAAAUGGUCGAAUAUCAAUUAAUGUUUUGAAUUUUUUAAUCAGGUUUCUCUUUAAUAAUAAUAAAAUAAUAUAUAUGAACGAUGCACAUAUCAAUACUUUAUUAAAUGUGUUGAUAAAAAAAAAGCAACUUAUUAAUGAAGAUGCCAUUCUUUUUAUAACCAAUUUUGUUGUUAACCAUAAACCAUAUUUUAAAAAUUUGAAAAAUAUGUAUUCCUACUUUUCUUUCCAUUUUCAUUUCAAAACAUUGAAUGAAGACUUUUUAAAUACACUCUAUUGUUCCUUUCUGAGUAACAAAAAUCAUAACAACAUCCAAUUUGAACAAGUUAAUCAAAUAUUAUCAUCCACUUUGGUAAUUUCUAACCAUUUAAAAUAUCAAAAAAGGGUAUUCAAACAAAUUGAUAUGUGCCUACUAUCCAUUUUGAAAAAAAUGAACCCAUCAUGUGAUGAUAAUUUCAUCCAUUUUAGAGAUCUCGAUAAUCUAGUUCAAUGCAUCUCUCACAUUAACAAUUCCAUAACGUCAGAAGUUUACAAAAUGGAUCAAGUAGAUAUACAUAAAAUAAUCAAUGGGGGUUCCCAUUACCAUAAUGCCAUUAAUUUUGUGUACAAAAGAAGGCAUUAUAAAAAUGGACAUCUUCAAAGGAAUAAUUACACAAAGAAUUUAAGGAAGAAAAAAAAUGAAGAAAAAAAAAAAAAAUUGCAAUUUUAUUAUUCCCACAAUUCUUACAAAAAAAUAUACUAUAUGAUAUCAUCCUUUAACUUGAGAAUAUUCAUUUUGAUUAAAAAAAUUUUUGAAAAAUUUUUAAAGCAACAGAACUGUAUUGAUAUACACAACGAAGGGGUUGUACUCUUAAUAAAAGCAGUAACAAAUUUAUAUGAGUUGCAAAAAAAGACAAUGAAAGUGAAUAAAAUAUACACUUAUUUUUAUAUAACGAAAAAAUGGAAAUGUAGAAAAAACAAACUAUUAAAUGCUUAUUUUUUAAAAAUAAUUAACCAGAUUAAUAAAAAUAUUCUUCAAUUCUUAUCCACUUUGAACAAGGAAAUUAUCUUUCUCUGUAACGUUCAUAUGUUGAAAAGCAGUUAUCUAUUUGAACCUUUAAAUAAUGAUCAAGUUAUACUAUCCUAUCUUCAAAAAAGGGUGUGUCAAAUGGAAAAAAAACGAGUCAGCAUAAGUAACGCUGUCUUUUUUCUUAAUUUUUUAAGUUCUUACAAAAUUGAUGAAAUGGUCUUACAAAAUGAUAGCGCACACUUGAAGCAAUCGUUGCGCAGCCCGAAUGACACUCGGAUAGGCCUAGAAGAAAUAGGGAGAAGAAUCAUACAGUCCUUUUUAGCGAGCCAAAAAAUGGAAAACCCUGAAGAAAAAAGAGAAAAAUUAUUUGACCAUAUUUAUAACGAGAAGAAGAGAAAAAAGUCCAAUAUAAAAAAUGUCAUACAACAUUUUUUUUUAACAUAUAAACAUACCAACUUGGAUUAUUUUAAAAAACAUCAACAUAAAAAAAAGGUCUACAUAAAUAAAAUUUGGAACAACUUAGAAAGAAAAAUGUUAAAAAGAAAAAUAAAAAAAAUGGAUGAUCUGGUUAAGAAGAAUAUCAAUUUUAUGAACUUGAACAAGUACAACAAAUUUUUUAUUUCCAAAUUUGUUAAAAAAUGGAAAAAAAAAAAAAAAUAUUUAAUACUUAAAUGUAUUACUAAUUCUUCAUAUGUUGACACAAAUGACUUGAUUGAGCUGUUAUUCAGCACAAUUGUAACAUACCUUAGAUGUCUUAUCAAUCAUCAGAAAAAUAGUGACAAUAAUCCUCCCGUAAAUGAAUACCAAAAGUGUAUAACGUUCGUGUUAAAUAAAAUGAUAGUUUUGAAAAAACCAAAAAUAGCUAAUACAAAUUAUAGCCUCUAUUUUAAACUCCUUUUAUGUAUAGCGACACUUAAAUGUAUAUUUCCAAAGUUGCUGAAAAAUUAUAAUCAUAUAUUAAUGUACUGGAAAAAAAUAAUAGGCGCGAAUUUGGGCAAUGAAAAAACCUUUAAAAAUUAUUUUGACUAUGUAAAGAGUGGGAGUGUAGGUGACAUUAGAGAGUUCAACCAUUUGGAUAUCCCCCAUAUCCCUACCCUUUUGAGGGAAAAUAUGAAUUCUAAUUUGAAAAAUUGCAAUUUUGUAAAAUGUACCAUUAGUAAUGAAAAGACGAAACGAAAUCUCACGCAUCAUCCUAGUUGUACUUUUCAACAGUUUUUAAAUUAUCCAUCUAUUUCACAAACAAAGUACAAAUAUAAAUUAAAAAAUAAAAAACAUUAUUCCUUCAAUGAUUGUCUUUAUUUUAAAAAUGCUAAAUAUUAUAAAAAUGUAGUCUUUCACAACAUAUACGAACACUUUAGUUACCUGCAGAAUUAUUCCCAUAUAUUAUAUUUGCAUUUUUUAUAUUUGAAGAAAAGAAUACAACAAAUGCAAAGCGGUAAAAUGGGAAAACUGAAAAAAAAAAAAAAAAAAUUUUUUAAAAAUGCAACAAGGUUAAAUUGUACCAAACGAAGUAGCAUACUAUUUAAAAAUUCAAUCCACAUAAUUGAAGUAAAAAAAGUCGAAUUUUUUCAUAAUCAUCUGAUAAAAGUAGACAUAUGUAAAAAGAACAAUAUAAACAGCAUACGCACAUUUUUUUUCCUCCCAUACUCAACCUUUAACCUCAACACAGAGGUAAAAAAUGUCAUAUGUGAAAAAAACCAAAUGAAGUCAUCCGAACACCCAUUUCUCAAAAGAGAGUUAUUUUUAACUUUAUUUUUGAUGAACGUUGAAUUCAGGAAGCAUAUACAGACUGAAUUUAACAUUGUCCCCAUGGCAACUGAUCAAUUCAGCAGCAUCCAUACAAAACAUAAUCUCCAUUUGUAUUUAGUAACAAAAUUGUUACGUUAA